UGAUAAGCGGCUCCGGGGGAAGGUUCUCUUAAAUGCGUCCACCCGGCAGUGACCGGCAUUCAGUUGUUCCCUAGACCGCACGCUUGCUUCACUGCCACUGCUGCCCUUCGAUCCACGAUCCCACGAUCAAACCGCGUACCGCGUCGUAGGCGCGUCAUUUUCUGUAUCGAUCAACACACGCUUGUGGUUUUCAACACAUCAAUGCCUAACGCCUCCGGCCAGCUGCUGUGCCAUCGACCGAGUGACACUGCCACGAUACUACCGCCCCAGACGGCCCUCUCCUGGCUCGAGAUCCUCGACAAAGGAUAAGCGCUCCCCACCUGCUCCCCGGAUCGUCCGAAAUUGAUCGCCCUGCUCUAGUGCUGUGUUCCUUCGUCUGUGUGCUUCAUCUCCUCUGUUUGUGUCUCUGCGUGCGAACACGCGCGCGUGUGUGUGUGUGUGUGAUUAAUAAAAAGAUUCAGGUAGGCAGAAUGGCACCGAAGGUGCGAGAAGCGGACCAGACGACGCCACUGUUGGCACUCGAUCGCAACAACAACAACAACAACAACAACAACAACAACAAGAGCAACAGCAACGGUCGCUUGGCAGAUGGCAAGUGCCAUGGCAACGGUACGCUGACGCUGACGAUCGAGCCGGAACGACCGACGACGGCUACCGGUGGUGCCCGUCACUGGGACAACGGCGACGAUAACGAUCCGGUCGCGCACCGGAAGCUCGCCAACCCGACCACCAACCUCGACACACUGAUGCACAUGCUGAACGGGAACCUCGGGACCGGCAUUCUCGCCAUGCCGGACGCCUUCAAGAAUGCGGGCCUAUACGUGGGCUUCUUCGGUACGCUCGCGAUGGGCAUCAUCUGUACGCACUGCAUGCACUUGCUGGUUCGGUGCUCGCACGAGCUGUGCCGCCGCUACGGUCGCCCCUCGCUCUCGUACGCCGACGUCGGCUACUGUGCGCUAGAUUCCGGCCCGGUGCGGCUGCAACCAUUGGCCGCCAGCUUCCGGCGGCUCAUCAACACCUUUCUCGUCGUGAUGCAGCUCGGGCUGUGCUGCGUCUACUUCCUGUUCGUCGCGGUGAACGUGCGCGAGCUGCUGGCGUACGGUGGGGUACAGGUGAGCGUGCUGACCGUGCUACUAUGGCUGCUCGGUCCGCUCGCGCUGCUCAACCUCGUCCGCAGCCUGAAGCUGCUGACACCGACCUCGCUCGUUGCGUCCGUGUUCGCGGUUGCCGGUCUUGCCAUCGCGUUCCUCUUCCUGCUCCAGGACCUACCGCACAGUGCCUCCGUACCGCCGGUGUCCGGUUGGUCGACGUUGCCGCUCUACUUCGGUACCGUGAUGUACGCGUUCGAGGGCAUCGGUGUGGUGCUGCCGCUCGAGAACAACCUGGCCCGACCGCGCGACUUUAUCGCCUGGAACGGUGUCCUCAACACUGGCAUGACGCUGGUCGUUUGCCUCUACUCGGCGGUCGGUUUCUUCGGUUACCUCAAGUACGGUGAGGCGGCCCAGGGCAGCGUCACCCUCAAUCUACCCAACGACCAUAUGUUGGCUCAGCUCGUCCGGUUGCUGAUGGCCGUGGCCGUGCUGGCCUCGUACGCGCUACAGUUCUACGUACCGAUGACGAUCCUGGCACCGGUCGUGCGCCGACCAUCGCUCUCCGGUGGUCACCCGGAGUGUGCCGAAACUGUGCUCCGGCUCGCGACCGUCCUGCUGACGUUCGUGCUGGCCGCAAUCAUCCCGAACCUGAGCACCUUCAUCUCACUCGUCGGUGCCGUCUCGACGUCGACGCUCGCCCUCGUCUUUCCGCCGCUGAUCGAGCUGCUGACGGUGUGGCCCAACCCGCGGCCCGGCUACCGCUGGCUCAUCCUCAAGGAUGCGCUCAUCAUUGCGUUCGGUGCGUCCGGUUUCUUCUUCGGCACCGCCAAGAGCCUCUCGAUGAUACUCGAUGGUACGCCGGACGAGCUCGCCUCGGAUGGUGGCCUCUGAGCGCAUCAUCCCGGAUCAACGGAUCCCGAGAGCAGAUUUAACCACUUAGAACUAAACUCCCCCCCCCCCCCCCCCCUCCAGCGCACACCGUUCUACCACCGUUUCUCGGUUUAUCCAAUAGGUUUUGACUGUGUUUGUGAUUAUUCGUACCCGAUACUCGAAAAGCGAUUAAGCGAAUUAAAGUUAAGAAUGAAAA